AUGGAGGUGCCACGAGCAAAUGUUCCUUUAGAGGUUAUUGUCGUCGGUGCUGGCAUUGGCGGCAUGGCUGCAGCCCUUACAUUGGGAUUGCGAGGACAUCAUGUUGUUGUCCUCGAAGCUGCCCCGAAGCUCAUGGAAGUUGGAGCCGGCAUUCAAGUGUCCCCAAACAUGCUCCGCCUAUUUGAUCGAUGGGGCGUGUCGGACCUAAUCCACGCCCAAGAUGUAGCCUUGGAGCACAUCCACGUCCGUAGAUGGGACGAUGGUAAAUUGUUAGGCACAAUGCCGGUGAACAAGACCUUCGGCCAGCAAGUAGUCAUUCACCGCGCAGACCUGCACAACGCCAUCAUCGACCGGGCCCUUGCCCUGCCGAACGUCGAGUUGCGCGAGAAUUCGCUCGUGACAGACGUCCAAUUCAGCUCCGCAAGCGUGACGCUCGCCAACGGCGAUAUCGUCCGUGGUGACGUGGUGAUUGGCGCAGAUGGCAUUAAAUCCACGAUCCGCAGCCAGCUGCUCGAGGAUUCGACUAUCAAAGCAGUUGCCACUGGUGAUGCUGCGUAUCGUAUCAUGCUGCCACGCGAGAUUAUGGAGAAAGAUCCCGAAUUAAAAGAGCUCAUUGACGAGCCGCAGGCGACUCGUUGGCUUGGUCCUUCCCGCCAUAUUAUCGCUUACCCUGUGCGCAAGCAUGAACUUUACAAUGUCGUUUUGCUCCAUCCUGACGGCCAUGGCGUGCAGGAGUCCUGGACGACCAAGGGCUCGAAGCAAGAAAUGGUUGACAACUAUAAUGGAUGGGAUAGUAAAGUGCGGAAGCUGAUAGAUUUGGUCGAUGACGACGAGGUUUUGGAGUGGAAGCUGUGCCUGCAUCACCCGCUCCGGACAUGGACACGGGGAUCCGUUGCUCUGAUUGGCGAUGCUUGUCAUCCCAUGCUUCCUUACGUUGCUCAAGGCGCUGCCCAGGCUGUUGAAGACGCCGCCGCACUUGGCGUUGUGUUGUCAGCUAUUUCCUCUCGCGAAGAGAUCCCGCUGGCUUUGAGUGCCUACCAGAAGUCUCGAAAGGAGCGUGCCGAGACAGUACAACAAUCUGGGUCAGAGAAUCGUGUCACGUUACACUUGCCAGAUGGACCUGAGCAAAUUGCCCGAGAUGCGCAGUUCCAGGCUUCGGCCAGUGGUAAUAAUCCGGAUAAAUGGUCCGAUCGUAGGACGCAGGAAUUCCUCUGGGGCUGGGACGCAGAAAAGGCUGCGCUGGAUACUUGGAAUGAAUCGCGCGGCCACCUCAAAGCUAAUGCAAACCUUUAA